UCUCAUUUCUCUUUUCUCAUAUUACUUCUAUUGCCAUUUGUUCCGAAGACAAGUGGUGCCAGACUCUUCAGACAAGUCCACCUGUUAUUUCUGAUUUCUCAUAUAAUUUUUAAUGUCUUUCGUUUCCAAGAUGAGCAGACUCUAUAAACAAAUCCACAUACUUAAAUUGGGGAGUUCAUUGAUCAGCUACUGAGCGUUGAUGCCGAGGAGCUAAGUGUUAUCUGCCAUGACAACCCCUUCACCGGAUCCACCCAGAUCUGGCCAACGCAGCGCCAAUCCUCGCACGAAGAGCUCUGUAACCUGUCCCCCCUACCUGUACCGCACUAUUCAAAAAUGACGGUGUCUUCACUGCCUUCCAUACUCUCUAUCUUCCCUUCCGAAUUCAAAAUCAUUGAUUUAUUGAUCCCUAAACCCACCUGCGGUAUCUCAACCGCUGGCUGAUCGUUGUAUUUUUUUAAGCAAGAGGAGAGUGGCACAUCUCCUCGCCUCUUUCUGUUCUUCCUUUUUAUGGGGGAUAGCUUUCUAGGGUUCGAUCGCUGUUUCAGUUGUAAGAAAAGCGGAACUUUGUGAUUGGAGCUACAUUGGGGGUUCUGAGACGAUGGGAUCAAGCAGCAGCAAAGCAUCGGAAGAUGGAAGCAUGACACGAAGAUUUAGAAAACUCGCAGUUCUUAGGUCUUCCUGUUUUGGCAGCUCUCCCACUCCUACGGAUGAACAGACCAUAAAAAUUUACAGGAGGUCAAAUGGAAUCACAUGUAAAGAAGUUGCAAGCAAAUCAUGCCAAGAAAAUCAAGCAUCAAGUGGAAAAUUUGCUGUGUGUCAGUGCACUUCAUCGAUUAAUGCUAACAUCGAACAAAAUAGGGAUUUGAAAAGCUUUAUGCGUCAAAAUGAUUCAGGAUGCAGCAAUUCUCAGGAUCAUUCCUUUAUCGAUCAAUCUUCCAACCAUCCAGGCUGCUUGCAUUGUCCUUGUACUUUCAUUCCAGAUAGCACGGGUUUUAGAGCAAGCAAAGUCAGUACAUCUGACAAUAAUGUUUCUUCUGGACAUGAUGGCUCUUUGGGUAAUAGUAAUGGAAGCGGGGAAAAUAUUAGAUUGGAAAAUAAUCAUGAUAAUGAUAGAAGCAAUGUACACGUUGAAGCUAGUUUAGAAGAACAUUCCCAUCAAAACCUUCAGGAAACUGACACCAUUGAUAUCAUGAACCAUUUUAGACGCCAGGGUCCCUCAUUGCCUAUGGAAGGAAGUAUGCGAUUUAGUAGAACACGCAGCGUUGGACGGCUCCGUGACAGAGUUCUUCGGAGAAGCACAUUGUCUGAGGAUUUAUUUGGGGCUUUGCUUUUAGAAGAGAGGUCGCUAAUAAGGUCCAACAGUCAGGUUUUCAAUGGGCAAACUGUCGCCAGGACAUCAAGUUCUACUCGGGCAAAUGAAGCACUGCAAUCUUCACAUGUGGAUGGUUCUAUUGGAAGUGGCCAGCUUCAUACGUCAGGAGUUUCACGGAUUAGAGACAUUGGAAAUCACGAUUUGUUGGAGCAUAGGUCAGCUUUUCUGGAGAGAAGAAGGAGAAUAAGAUCCCAGGUUCGUGUUCUUCAGAGGCUGGGGAGCCGGUUUGAGAACCUAUCAGGCCAUGAUAGAUCCUGCAUUUUAUCUGGACAGCAUAGAACAGGACAGUGCACGUGCAGAUCAAUUAACAGGACUUCCCAUCAUAACAAUGACACAAGUAAUUCUUCCAGCAUCUCAAGAAUUGUCAUGCUAGCUGAGGCACUUUUUGAGGUUUUGGAUGAAAUCCACCAGCAAUCUGUUGUUCUUUCAUCCAGACAAUCCAUUUCUUCUCUUGGAUCUGUUCCUGCACCGAAAGAGGCUGUGGAUAACAUUCCCUUGAAAGUUUAUGUGAAAUCAAAAUCACACUUGAAUCAGGAGGUUCCACAAUGCUACAUCUGCCUUGUGGAAUAUGAAGAUGGAGAAUUUAUCAGGAAACUACCAUGCCAGCAUGAAUUUCACCAGACAUGUGUUGAUAAGUGGCUGAAAGAGAUCCACAGGAAAAGUUACAGAAUAAGCAAUACAUAGACAACAGAGUAAGGAAUACAAGAGGCUAUUUGUCCUAAUAUAAGUUUGGGUGGUCGCUAAAAAGGUUGAAGACUAGAGCUCGAGUAGUUGAAGCCUCAUUCUGGGUCCAACUAGCAAGAGUUUGCCCUGUUUGUCGAGGAAAUGUUUGUAGAUGAGGAUUCUGAACCACAAUGAAUGGGUACUUAUGGAAGGAUUUGUGAGCGGAUAAGCUUAUUCAAAUGCAGUAAGUGUCCAACCUUAAACUGUACGAGCUUGAAAUUUUUUUUUUUUAAUUUAAUUGUUAGUCUUUCUGAUGUAAUUUUGAAGCAACAUUUGGCUAUGUUGCAUGUGUUUCUUGGUGUUAUGGUUUUCAUACGAACAACCGUGCAUUGCCCGGACGAUAAAACCUUUGGUUUUUUCUUUUUUUCUUUUUUUAAUGAUUUGAAAUCCUUUUGCUUGAAGGGCCUUUCUGUAGCCCUGCUUAAGCUUGUUUUAAUCUCCAAAAGGGAAAAUAAAACAUCUGAUCUGGAUAUUUUGAUUUUUCUUUCGGAGGAUGGUGUGAUUUAAAUGCAGAAACAUUUGCAUGAGCCUGCAAUAGAUGAAGGGAAAGUUCUGCUA